CCUCCAUAAAGGCGGCUGCGGUCGCCGCGGGGCCGUCGCGCUGCCCCCGCCGGCCCGGAGCCCCCGGAGCCCCCCACCAUGGGCCGCCCCCCGCCGCUCCGCCUCCUCCUCAUCCUCGCCGCCCUCCUGCCGCCCCCCGGGGCCCGCCGAGCCCCCCCCGGCGGCCCCCCGUGCGCUGCCACCCGGCAGGCAGCCUGCGGGGCUGGCUGCGGCCCCGUGCCCUGGCUGUGCGAUGGAGAGAGGCAGUGUCCCAACGGGACGGACGAGAUGUGUGAUGCUCCCUGUGGCGGGGACCCCCACGCGUGGCAGUGUGACGACGGCCGCUGCGUUUCCAGCAGCUGGCGGUGCGACGGAGCUGCCGACUGCCCGGAUGGCUCCGACGAGCAGGACUGCGUGUGUGGGGCGAAGAAGCUGCAGUGUCCCGGCACCCACCACUGCAUCCCGCACUGGGAGCUGUGCGACCGGCACCAGGACUGCGAGGACGGCUGGGACGAGGAGGGCUGUCCCCUGCAGCCCUGCCUGCCCGGGCAGUGGCAGUGCAGGAACAGGGUGUGCAUCGCGGCCGAGUGGAAGUGCAACGGGGUCGACGACUGCGGCGAUUCCUCGGACGAAGACGUCUGUGCCCCCUGCCCGGCCGGCAUGGUGAGGUGCGACGAGGGGAAGUGCAUCCUGGAGUCCCUGAUGUGCAACGAUGAGGAUGACUGCCUGGACGGCACCGAUGAGCCCAGCACGUGCGGGCGGAGCUGCUUUGUGCGCAACGGGGGCUGCGCGGAGACGUGUGCUGACACCCACUGGGGCGUGCAGUGCUCCUGCGGGGCCGGCUGGGUGCUGCAGAGCGACGGGCAGAGCUGUGCUGAUGUAGACGAGUGCUCCUUGGAGUACAGCCCCUGCAGCCAGCUGUGCCGGAACACGCCGGGAUCUUUCAGCUGCUCCUGCCUCCAGGGCUACACGCUGCGCCACGGCACCAUCUGCGAGGUGGCAGACAACUCCACGCAGCUCCUGGUGGCCGUCGGGGAGGACCUGGCUCUUCUGGACGUGCGGACCCAGGCGUACCGACCCCUGCUCUCCACUGAGACCGAGCCCCGUGCCCUGGUGUACGACCUGCUCCGGGAAACCUACUACUGGCUGACGGAAGAGGGUGAACUCUGCGCCCACCACCCGGGGAAGGGAGCACGGCUUCUCUACGCAGAUGCUGGGGAGGUGAACAGCAUCUCCGUGGACUGGUUCACGGGGCAGCUGUACUGGGCCAGCAGCCACCCCGCGGCCAUCUGUGCGGGGCUGGGUGAUGGCCGGGGCUACGUCAGGGUGCUGGGGAAGGACGUGGCCCCGGAACAGCUGACAGUGUACCCCGCUGCGAGGUCCCUGUACUGGGUCAACCGUGGGCAGAGGGGCCGGACGGUCAUCGCUGCAGCCGGCAUGGACGGCUCGAACCGCCGGGAGCUCACGGUGGUGUCGAUGGAAGAGCCUGUGGGGCUGAGCCUGGACUACGUGGCCGGCAGGCUGUACUGGAUCAGCGAGUACAAGGAGUCCAUCGAGACGCUGCGGGUGGAUGGCAGCGGGCGCCACUCCUUCCCCUCCGUCCUGCGGAGCCACACCGAGCCGCUGGGCCUGGCCGUCUUCGAGAGCCGCUUCUUCUGGGCCGACUGGCACCGAGCUGGUGUCCGCCAGCAGGGCCUCUCCCCGGGAGCACGCCGUGCUGCUGCGGGCCCCCGUCUCGGCUUUCACGGUGCUGCACGUGCUGCAGCAGCCUCCGCGGGAUACCGCUGCCUGCUGCUCCGGGUCUGUGCAGCCACCUCUGCCUCCUGUCCCCUGUGCACCCCCGGGGCUAUCAGUGUGCCUGUCCAGAGGGCCUCUACCUCCUGCCCUCGGGGAAGUGUGCAGAGCUGUCCAUCGCCUACUCCUCAGGGAAAGCCAUCUCCCUGGUGCAGGUGGGCCCCGGGCCACGCAGCCGACGAGUGCAGCAGUGGUGGGAGCCCCUCCAGCUGCAGGACGUGGACUGGCAGAGGUCGGUGCUCUACGGGACGGAUGACCGCGGGACGCUGCUGCGCCUCGUGGGGCACGCCGGGAGGAGAGAAACCAUCGAGACCAGGCUGCCAGUCUGCUCUGCCCGUGUGGACGUCCGCUCGGGGAGCCUGUACUGGCUGGCGUGUAACCGGAGGGACAUCGGGGUGACCCAGGCGCCCAACAUGACCUCGCACGUCCUGCACCGCGCUCGCAGCAGCAUCCAGCACCUCU